AUGUCGAACGAUAAGAAAAUGCCUAUCAAACAGACCCAUUCUACAAAUCCUUUGAUGCCUCCGACUUCCGACUUUUUUCGAGCGAAUCCUAGUGCUUUGGAGGAAGAAACAAAUGCCGACUCAAACCCUUUCAGUCCUGCGACCGAGAUAAAACACGAAGUGUCUGCAUUGCCUCCAGAUACACUAUAUUUCGUGAUCGAUAUUUUAAAUAAUCCACCAAGUUCGCGGCCAUAUGAAACUCUGAAAGGGGCCCUCGUAGAAAGACAUUCGCUCUCCAAAAUUAAAAAAUUGGAGUCUCUCCUGGAUCGAGUAGAUAUUGGUGAUCGUAGGCCAUCCGACGUCUUUAAGUCCAUGCGGAUGCUAGCGGGUAGCUUAUUUAAUGAAAAUAUUAUAGGAAAUUUGUGGCUUCGUCGUUUACCGCGCAACAUUUACAUCACCUUACUAGUCGUGUGUGAUAAGCCUAUGAAAGAGCUCACUUCCCUGGCAGAUAAAAUUUAUAAGGCUUCUCAACCCGUGUUUUUAAAUGCAGUUUCGAGAACGAAUAAGAUAUGCGCUAGCUCUCCAGUUUCGAAUCAACUCACCGACACUUCAUCUAAUUUAGAAGAUCGUUUGUCGAGGAUUGAAGAAAUGUUAGCAAAAUUCAAUACGGGAUCAACUUUUCGUAGUCGUUCUAGAAGUCGGAAUUCCAGUCAAAAUAGGUCCGCCUCUGGGCAACCCAUUUGUUGGUACCACCAAAAAUUCGGGCGUGAGGCGCUGAAAUGUGUAGGACGGUGUUAA